UGGAUACGUCGUCAGAUGGAAGCACUAGACGAGCAAUCUGUUUGUUUAUUGGUCGAAAGGUGGCCUUCUUUCUUCAAUAGCAAAAUGGCCGAAUUUCGUAGGAGCACGACAGACGUCCCGGAAUGUUUGUGUGCAUAAACGUGGAAUAAUCAUCGUUGUAAAUAAACUGAAGUGGAAGUGCCGUCCUUUUGUGUCAGUGAAUGCUGUGUUACCCAGUGCUUACAUUGUGAUCUAAGUUUUAACAAGGUGUUUUAUCAGUGUUUUGUGUCUUGUUUUCCCGAGUAACAUCGGCCUGACAUCUGUUUUGGAUUUAUGUUGACUUCAUAACGGUGAUGCUGGGCGGGGCAGGGUCGCCGGGCGGCGAUGAGCUGCUCACCGUCACCGUCGUGCGCGACGAGCACGGAUACGGCAUGAAAGUGUCCGGCGACAACCCAGUAUACGUGCAGUCAGUAAAAGAGCACGGGGCCGCAUGGCGCGCCGGGCUGCGGGCGGGCGACCGCAUCCUGCGGGUGGACGGCGUGCCUGUUCACCACCACACGCACCAGCAGGUCGUCAUGAUGAUCCGAGCCAACCCAACUGCCGUCCUGACGGUGCAUCAGAACACCUCGCGCCACAAAACGCCUAUCACCGCGCCUCAGCCUGUAAAUCCCGAAAAACAAAGGCAGUUAGAGGUGUCCAAAGUGCACACGAUGAGGCUGAUGCUGGAGCAAGAGCAGAAAUACAUCCGUGACCUACGCAACGAACUCUCCAAAGUGCCUGACGUGAGAAAGCAGGCGCAACUGGAGUCCUCCGAGCAACGUUGCGCCACUCUACAGCACGAGAUAGACUCCAUCACCGCCGGACAUCCCCCACAGCUCGAACCGUCGCCGGCCACUCCACGACUCUCCAGAACCAAGACCAACCUGGACAAGCCCGCUGGCUCACCACCACCAACCAGCUUCCUUAGCGGCCUACCGAGAUCUUUAAGCAACUUAACCGGACAAAGCUUAAGGAAUCUGAGGACUAGACAAAACAAUAAACAAGAGAAUACACCACCUUUAGUCAGACAAAACUCCGACGAAACAAACAAAAGACGACACGUACAUAACAACACAGUUCCAAUGGUCCCGACGACAUGUCUGGAUAAUACACCCCCACCGUUACCUCCCAGGUCUAUAGAGCGUCCGAAGCGAAGUCCGUUAUCGCCGAACAUGGCUCCGAUGAAUCCUUUAGCGAAGCCGAAACCGAGCUCUUCCGUCUCGCCUGCUCACAAGUAUUAUAAAAGGGAUAGAGGAUCGCCGAUGCAUCAGUCGAUGCCGUCAUACGAGAGUCAGAAGUUAAGGAUGUCGUCUCAUUCGCUGGAUGGGGAGUUGGAUGGUCCGCAGCCUAACUCUAUAGCUCUUCAGAUGAGCUAUCCGCUGGUGAACGUCCCGCCUCCGCCCUUGCAGAUGGACGAUAGAACAGGGUUGCCGAUUCUGCAUGUUAGAAGCCAAUCGUCGCCCGAACAUUUGGACCAUGGGCUACCUAGGUCGGGCUGGGCGCGCGGCACGCCGCCGCCCGGCACGCCGCCGCCGCCCUACGCGCACAACACGCAGCCGUGCGCGGAUCCACAGAGAGCGAUUAUCUCUAUGGAGGAAGAUGACUCGCCCGCCUGUGAAACGUCCAAUCCCGGCCUGUUCUCGAAUCUUCGAACAGUGUUGGAUUCCAAGGCGCGAACGGCGGUCUUGCUCAAUUGGCUUUUAGGAGAGAGAAGAUGCGCUUGCGCCACCCUCCUCCUCCUAAUCACAGACGGCUACCGCUCGGCCCAGGGUGUACCCACGUCCACCCUCCGUCGUUGGGCCUACGAGAUACAAUCCACGUUCCUAGCCCCGGCGGCCGUGUUACGACCUCCAACUUUAGACCCGCAGGCAGUUAAAGAGGUCGAAGAUGCGUUACACGACGAUUACGACAAAGAAGAAAUACUUCGCAAUGUUUUCCGAAAAGCGCGGCAGAAGGCCAAAGAAGAAAUGGCGCAACAACUCAACGAGUUUCAAGUGAAAAGACAAGUCGGUCUAGGCGGUCUCUACGGACCGGACGACGCUCAGAUCGAGAGAUGCGUCGUUGACAAGGCUCAGGAGCAAGUGAUAGUCGAGCGUCUUCUAGUACAGUGUUUGUCUGGAGUGGCUAGCGCCGGCGCGGGCGCUGCGGCGGGGGGCUGCGGCGCGCGCGCGGAGGGACGCGCAGCCCUAUUGGCUGCUUUACAAGCCGCCGCGCUGUACCUGCAGUGCAGGCCAGCGACGGUAGCGGCGGCGGCGGGCGGCGCACGCGCAGGUUUCCUACAACGAGACAAGCUGUACAAACAACGCGUCAAACAGCUCGCCAAGAUGAACCCGCAACCGUUCAUAGUGCGCGGGCACCACCUUCAGCUCCAAGCUCUGACCUCGGAAGCUCACUGCCAUUAUUGCGACGAGGUCAUUUGGGGUCUGGCCCCUCAGGCAUACUUCUGCACGGAUUGCAAGUUGCGCGUCCAUCGCAACUGCGCCAAGUCCGUGGAGGAAGCUUGCAUCAUAACCGGUGACCACAACAACCGGAUAUCCCGUCUCAUAGACCUAAUACACCCCGCUCAUCAGCCACAAGACGACAAGAAAGCGAGAAAGGCAGCGAGCACAGCACAUUUUCUCAACAUGGAACGUAGCACCCGCAAGCUUGAAGACGACCAGCUUCCCCGAGCGGAACACGCCCUUACCCCGCCUCAAGGAGAAUCGAAACGAGAGGGUUCCUCCGAAGAGCCAACGGCCCCGGAACCCGAGUCGGAAGUCGCUAGUGAUGUCAGCAAGGACCCUCCUAAGGACACCAAUUGGCGCGCAGCGUCAUCUGGCGGCCGCGGCGUGAACCGCGCUGAGAGCUGUCGCGAGCGCGACCCGCCGCGCCGCGGCAAACAUCGGAACGCGAGCGACCCCAACCGGCUCACCGCGCACAACAACCAUGACCUGGAAGGUGGCGCGGCGACAGCCCCAUCCGGCAGUUCCAGCAGUUCCAGCUUGUCUUCCAGAAGUAACGAGAGCACCACGGUGCCUGCUGAUCUGCAAGCUUCCCAAUCGGACUGGUCGGAGGAAGAGGAUCCCCUCGCCCCGCAGUGGGCGGACAGUCUCCCCCCUCAGAUCCUGGACUCGCUGCUCCUGGAUAAGCGGCUCAGGAAGCGUCAGGAGGUCAUCCAUGAACUAAUCGUCUCCGAAGGCUCGCACGUCCGUUGGCUCAAAGUCCUCGGCGUCGAUUUCCUGCGACCGUUGGAAAAGCAGCCGUCCCUUUUACCCGCCGAAGAACUGAGGGCACUCUUCCCCAACCUCCCUGGUGUUAGAGAGAGACACAUGAAGCUGUACGCGGAUCUGAGGGCGCUGAGGAAUGACUCGAGUAACCAUAUUGUGCCGAUUAGGGCUGUUGCUGAUGCCAUGCUUGGAACGCUGGGUGACUCGGGCUACGCGUCCUGCCUGUCCCGGUUCUGCCGGGGCCAGCGCCUGGCUCUGGAGACCCUCCGCGAGCGGCGCAGGAAGAACAAGGAACUGCACCACUUCCUGUCGGCCCGCGAGCAGCUGCCCAGGUGUGGGAGACUGCAACUGAGGGAUCUACUCGCCUGUGUCUGGCAGAGAUUGACGAAAUACCAACUCCUGUUGCAAGGCGUCGUGGACACGGUGUGCGAGUCGGACGCGGACACGGACGAAGAUAUCGCCCAGCUGAAGAAGGCGCACGACACCGCCAAGGACGUGCUGCAGAGCGUCGACACUGCCAUCAGGACCGCUGAGAAUGACCACAGGCUUCGAACAAUCCAGAACAAACUGGAAAUCCGCGCGGGCAGUGAGUGGGAAGAGUUGCGUAGACUGGACCUAACCCAGAGACAACUUCGCAUGGAAGGAGAUUUGGCUAUUAGGCAUGAUGGCAAUAAAAAGAUCAGCGUUCUGGCUUUGAUGCUGACAGACGUAUUAGUCCUGUUACAACGUGAAGGCGACAAGUUCGUGCUCCGCCCCAUUCCCGCGCCGAGCCAGCAGGGGGCGCUGUCGCCUCUCGUCAAAUGGGACAAGGUGUUGUUCCGUCCGAACGCCGCGGCUCGAAACACGUUCUUUCUGAUGAACAUCAACGGGGUACAGAUGCACGAACUAUCCGCUAAUACGCCCGCCGAAUACGCCACAUGGGUGAAAAACAUCCAAGAGUGUCCUCUGGCCAAACUGACGGAGCAGAAGCCGAGCCUCACCCCGCAGCACGCGCACUCGGCCUCCACCGCCAGCCGCACCACCGACGACGAGGGUAGCAACGUAUCUCGCAACCCGUCCGAUGCCUCCGAGAAAUCCGCCGCGGCCGAGGAGCGGGACAGAGUUAGCGCCGAGAGGGAGAGGGAACGAGCGGUCAGCGCCGAGAGGGAGAGAGAGAGGGAAGCGGAGAAACAGAAGGAGAAAGAGAAGGAACGCGAGAAGGAUGAAGUUGUUGAUAGGGAGCAGCAUGUGUGA